AUGGAGUACCAAGACUUUGAGCUGAGCUGGACACUUUAUUCCAAGGCAUGUGAGCCUGCGCAGCUUCUUGACCUACACAUGCUCGAUAAGAUAUCUAGCUGUACUUCCAGCAACGCAAGUGACGAGCGCAAACGGCAAGGCUUCUGGCAGCUGAUCCCGUCGCACAUGGACUUCCGUGUGUUACAUAACAUGGUCCCCACCAUCUCAGGGACUGAUUGGAACGUUAACCUGCCAUGGUUGAGCUACAAGCCGGGCAUCGAUGGCGGUGGCCACCAUACUGUAAGCGCCGCCGCGUUCAUUGCCAAAUCGGAAUGGAGUACACAAGCGCCCUUGAUAAGGCCGCGCCGGAUCCGUUUUUCGACCUGGAGUGCAAUAGCGAUGUGA